AUGACAUUUGAUGUGGACGCUGUCCUGGCCAAAUUGAGGCAAAAUGACAAAAUUGCACUUCUGUCUGGAACGGACUUCUGGCACACUCACCCCAUCCCCGCGCAUAACAUCCCUCCCAUCCGAGUUACCGACGGUCCGAACGGCAUCAGAGGCACCAAAUUCUUCGCUGGCGUACCUGCCGCGUGCAUUCCCUGUGGCACAGCCCUAGGGGCAACAUGGGACAAAUCCUUACUUCGGCAAGCCGGCAACUUACUCGGCCAAGAAUGCCUCGCCAAGGGAGCCCAUUGCUGGCUAGGGCCAACUGUCAACAUACAACGCUCUCCUCUUGGUGGUCGUGGGUUUGAGUCCUUUGCUGAAGAUUCGCAUUUAUCCGGUAAGUUGGCUGCGGCGAUGAUUAUAGGAUGCGAGCAAGACGGAUCCGGGGUAAUAUCGACCGUUAAACAUUUUGUGGGGAAUGAUCAGGAACAUGAAAGGAGGGCGGUGGAUUGUUUGAUUACUCCACGUGCGUUGAGGGAGGUGUAUUUGCGGCCGUUCCAAAUCGUUGCGAGGGAUGCAAAACCGGGAGCAAUGAUGACUUCCUAUAAUAAAAUUAAUGGGAAGCAUGUAGCGGAUAACCGAGAGCUGUUGGAAGGUGUAGUGAGGAAUGAGUGGCAGUGGCAGCCGCUUAUUAUGAGUGAUUGGUAUGGAACAUACACGACAAUAGACUCCAUGCUAGCAGGAGUUGACCUUGAGAUGCCUGGGGUCUCGAGAUACCGUGGGAAAUACAUCGAUUCUGCAGUCCAAGCGCGUCUCAUCAAGCAGUCGACAAUCGAUGCGCGGUCUCGCAAUGUACUAAACUUUGUGAAGAGAGCUAGUCAGACCAAAGUCUCCCCUGUUGAACAAGGCCGUGACUUUCCGGAAGACCGAAAGCUCAAUCGUACAUUAUGCUCUAACAGCGUCGUUUUGUUGAAGAAUGAGCAAAGUAUCUUGCCUCUAUCAAAGAAUAUCAGGAAGAUAGCCCUAAUUGGUUCCCAUAUGAAGCAUCUGCAAAUUUGCGGUGGAGGAAGUGCAGCUCUCCUUCCAUAUUACUCAGUCUCGCUGUAUGAUGCGAUUACUGAGGUUCUUCCCAACGAUGUUGAAGUCACAUACGAAGUCGGAGCUUACGCGCACAACAUGUUGCCAGUCAUCCACCGUAUGCUAAGCGGCGCCGUCAUGCACUUCUACAACGAGCCUCCUACUAUAACAGACAGAAAACUGCUUGGCACGGAGUCUAUCGCCAGCACAGCCUUUCAGCUUAUGGAUUACAACGAAAUCCCAGAACUAAAUCGCGCCUUAUUCUGGGCAUCGCUAGUUGGAGAGUUUAGACCCGACGUCUCAGGUACAUGGGAUUUCGGCUUAAGUGUUUUCGGGACCGCGAACCUUUAUAUUGACGACGAGCUGGUUAUCGACAAUACAUCCAAGCAAACUCGGGGUACUUCAUUCUUUGGUAAGGGUACAGUGCAAAUGACUGGCUCAAAACUGCUUGUCAAACAUCAAAAGUACAAGCUGCGCAUUGAGUUUGGCUCUGCCAACACCACAACCAUGGAAACAAUUGGCAUGGUAAAUUUUGGCGGUGGAGCAGCACAUCUUGGUGCCUGUCUACGCAUGGAUGCGAAUCAAAUGAUUAAUGAUGCCGUGCAGGCCGCUGCUAGUUCUGAUUAUACAGUGAUCUGCACCGGCCUCAGCGGGGAAUGGGAAUCCGAGGGCUUCGAUCGACCACACAUGGAUCUUCCACCGGGAGUCGACGAGAUGAUUACAAAGGUACUCGCCGCAACUCAAGGCAGAGCCAUCAUUGUCAAUCAAUCCGGUACGCCCAUUACUAUGCCAUGGGCCAACGAAGCUUCAUGUAUUGUUCAAGCGUGGUAUGGCGGGAAUGAGACCGGCCAUGGAAUUGCAGAUGUAUUGUUUGGCGAUGUCAACCCUUGCGCAAGACUUCCCCUCUCGUGGCCUGUGCAUGUUAACCAUAAUCCUGCUUAUUUGAGUUUUGCGAGCGUUGGAGGUAGAGUACUUUACAGCGAAGAUGUUUAUGUUGGAUACAAGUUUUAUGAAGCAACUGGGAGGGAUGUGUUGUUUCCAUUUGGUCACGGUCUCUCCUACACCACAUUUGAACUCACAUCGCCGACUGUUACAAUUACACCAGAAACAUUUGACUCUGAACAACCCAGCAUCGUGGAGUUUUACCUCAAAAAUACCGGCCAACGAGCCGGCGCCCAAAUCCUGCAACUCUACAUAUCUGCACCCAACUCGCCCACACCGCGGCCAAUCAAGGAACUACAUGGAUUUGAAAAAGUGUUUCUCGAACCAGGAGAAGAAAAAACAGUAAGAAUAGCGGUUGACAGAUAUGCUACCAGUUUCUGGGAUGAGAUUGAGAGUAUGUGGAAAAGUGAGAAGGGAGUUUAUGAGGUCCUGGUGGGAGCGUCGAGUGUGGAUAUACUUGGGAAAGCAGCACUAACGGUACCCGAGACGAGAUAUUGGUUGGGGUUGUAA